AUGUUUGCCCUUCUUUGUCGCUCGGACUAUAGAGGCGACGAGGUGAAGGUUGGGUUGGGCGUGGUCUCCGGCUGGGCACCGACAGAUGGUCGGUGUCAAGGAGUGGGAUUGAGCUAUGGGGUUGAUUUUGGCGUGUUGGUCUGUGGGUGGUCAGCCUCUUGCGACCGCGGUUUGGAGAGAUGGGCCUUGUUAGACCUUAGUUGCAGUUUCAGGCUCGGUGCUCCGAACCGAGACUCAGUCUUUGGGGUGACGGCUCUGGGUGCCGCCGGAAGCAUGCAACGCCACCAGCAUAGGAGGCGAAACUUCUCGCCAGAUUCGAAUUCCGAUUCGGAUUCCGAUCCGGAUUUCGGAGAAGGCGAGGAAGAGGAAGAAGAUGAUGCCGAGGAAGGAUCCGCCUCGGGGCGGCGCCGCCGCCGGGGGAUGAAGAUGAAGUGCCUCUCGUGCAAGGAGGACUACGACGGCGAUCGUGACGCCGGCACGUGCCGCGAGUGCUACGAGGAGGCCGGCGAGACAGAAGAGGAGCUAAAGCGCGAGAUCGAAGACCUAAAGUCCAAGGUCAACUUCCUCCGGCUGCUGUCCGUUGGGCCCGGGCCCGUUGGCCCUAAUUCGAUCAUCCGGCCGAACACGCCUUGUUUCUCUGACGUCGUUCUGGUGGCAUCCGGUUCGCCGAACUCAUCCGAUUCGCAGUGCAGUUCGCCUUCAAUUAGGGCUCAUCGUGCUGUACUGUCAAGCCGGUCCCCUGUUUUCAAGGCCAUGCUCGAGAACGAAAUGGAGGAGAGCCUAAGCGGAACCAUCAAGAUUAGCGACGUGUCUUACGAUGCCCUCCGUGCAUUCGUCAACUAUCUGUACACGGCGGAAGCUUGUCUGGAUGAGCAAAUGGCCUGCGACCUCUUGGUGUUGGCUGAAAAAUACCAGGUGAAGCAUCUCAAGACUUAUUGUGGAAAAUUUCUCAUAUCCAGACUGAACUGGGAGAACUCCCUCCCAUAUUACGCUUUUGCCCAUCAGCACGGGGCAAAGGACUUACAAGAGGCGGCUUUGUCUUUGAUCAUGGACAAUAUGGAUAAGCUGAGCAAGCAAGAGGAGUAUGUGGAGCUUGUGGAAAAGGAUCCACGUGUCGUGGUGGAGAUCUACGAGGCUUACUUGUCAAGGCAGGUGAAUACGGCUGCAGGUAAAGAUCCCGGCCAGAAAAAGUAG